CAUAUAAAUUUAGGGGUUGGUUCGGAUACAUAAUCUUUUAAACUAAGAAACGUAGGAAAACGGGUCAAACCAGCGCCGUUUGUAGCAAGUUUUGGUAGAAUCGGGUCGGGUCAAAAUGGCUUUCCAGGGUCUGCCGGUUUUUUUCUUCUUCUUUCGGAACCCUGUAUUUCCCAAUCGAAAGUGAAGAACAUAUUUCUUCUGAGAACUCAUGGUUUAUCAGUUACCAACUUCAGUCUCAAUAACAGGUACUGAAUUUCUUGAAACCCUAAAUUGACUAGAAAAUAUGAUUCUGUUUGCAAGAUUAAUACUUGCAAAGAGAAUAACUGCUAGGUUACCAUUACCCGACCGCACUGCUUUUAGUUUAAGAACCCUAAAAACCGCUGUGACCGACCACUUGAGUAAUGGUGGAAGUAAAGGAGGUGGUGGCAGAGAUGGAACAAAUGAUGAUUAUUUUGCCACAAUUCAUCAUAUUUCAAACAUUGUUCGUCGCGACAUUUAUUUAGAACGAACGCUGAAUAAGAUGUGCAUUUCCCGGAUUAUCAACUCAGAGCUUGUGUAUCGUGUUCUUCGUAGUUGUUCCGGUUCGGGUAUCGAGUCGUUUCGGUUUUUCAACUGGGCGCGUACCCAACACCCGCAAUACGAACCCACAACUGUUGAGUUCGAAGAACUCCUUAAAAUCUUGGCCAAAACUCGUCAUUGGGAAACCAUGUGGAAGGUGGCUCACCAGAUGAAAACGCAAAAGCUCCCGAUUUCUUCAUCUGUGGUUUCGUUCAUCAUUGAACAUUAUGGUAAGAACGGGCUUAUCGAUCAAGCCGUUGAGCUUUUUAACAAAUGCAAGAACUUUAAUUGCUCGCAAACUACCGAAAUAUACAACGCCUUGCUCUUUGCCCUUUGUGAGGUCAAGAAUUUUCAAGGCGCGUAUGCGUUGAUUAGACGAAUGGUCCGUAAAGGGGUGGUUCCCGAUAAGAAAACGUACUCGGUUUUAGUUAACGGUUGGUGCUCUGCUGGUAAAAUGAAAGAGGCCCAAAUGUUUCUAGAAGAAAUGAGCCAAAAAGGGUUCAACCCACCGGUUCGCGGGCGAGAUCUUUUGAUUGGUGGGUUGUUAAACGCGGGUUAUCUCGAAUCCGCAAAAGGGUUAGUACGAAAAAUGACGAAAGAGGGAUUCGUACCCGAUGUGAGUACGUUUAACUCGUUAGCGGAAGCUAUAUGUCAAUCGGGCGAGAUCGAUUUCUGUAUCGAUUUAUACCAUGAUGUUUGUCGAUUAGGUUUAUGCCCCGAUAUCGAGACAUAUAAAAUUAUGAUCGCUGCAGCUUCAAAAAUCGGUAAACUUGAUGAGGCGUUUAGUAUUCUUUAUAGAUCGAUUGAAGACGGAAAUAAACCGUUUCCGAGCUUAUACGCCCCGAUUCUUAAGGGACUGUUUAAAAACGGAAUGUUUGAUGAUGCGUUUAGUUUUUUUAGUGAUAUGAAACAAAAGGGACAUCCGCCAAACAGACCGAUUUAUACUAUGCUUUUGAAGAUGUGCGCGCGUGGAGGUAGAUACAUUGAAGCUGCGAAUUAUUUAAUAGAGAUGACCGAGUUUAAAUUGUCACCAAUGUCCCGACAUUUUGAUAUGGUUACUGAUGGAUUAAAGAAUUGUGGAAAGCAUGAUAUGGCUACGAGGAUAGAGCAGUUGGAAAUAUCUAUGAGGGGUAUGUGAGAUAUAAGUAAAGUUUUGCAAUGAUGAUCAUGAAGUUGCGGAAUGACUUCAUGAUAGUGGUUGGAUCAAGCAUCAAUCAUGUAAGAAGGCCGGCUCGAAGGCCAAACAAUUGGGUUCAGAUGCAUUUGAUGAUUGGCUAAUUUCUACAUUCCAAGUUGCUUCAGAAAUCAAGCAGCAUGAGCAGGUUAUUCAUGAUGAAUCUUCGGAACUGGUCUUUUUUUUAUACGGAUCAAAACGGGUCGGUUGGGCUAGGGUAGGCUAUCUUCAAGCAGUUGACUAUGUUGUUCUUGUAAAAAAUGCCCUUCUUAUUAUAUCAUUUCUUGGAGGAUGGACAUGAUAAUGUUUAGUCAUUUGAUAGUAAUUUUUUUUUUCUUAAA